CAACGAAUCACUUCAAUACGGUGCGUUGCUUCUCUUCUUUCCUCAUUUGCCUUUGAACGACGUCGCAUCCUUCUUCCUCUGCAUCUGUAUUUCUUCGUUUCCAGGCUAACUCUGCAUCAUCUUCCUUGAGGACAGCAACUAGUCUAGGAGCUGCUUCAUGUUCAUUCAAGCUCCUUUUCAUAGAAGUCACACUUUUAAUAGUUUGGAUUUUUCAUGGGAUGUUUUUAGUCAAGUAUAUUCAAACACACUUCCAUGUUUACUAUUCACUAUUGCUUUUAUCCAACCGAUGCCUAUGGGCUUUUACUGAUGGCUGAUCAGGUGGACAAAUGCGCAAAGUAAACGAGCUGAAAUCACCAACCAAAAGUCGCAAAAAAUCGUGACUCAGACGGAGAUAACACCAAUAUGCAUCCCAAAAACAGCCCCCUAGAAUGCGACACAGCACCUACCUUAACCAGCAAACUACGUUCCGAUAUAGAAACAGAAGAAACCCAACGUCGCCAUGCUCACAAACCAUGUGCUCUCUCCCGCGGGGAAACGCUAAUACCUCAACCGUCACUUCCUCUCCACUCUCUCACGCCCUCUAUAUAAACUAACCUCUCUUCUUUCUCACCUUCCACACUCUACUUCUUACUAAUCUCAUCUCCAGCUAUGGAUAUCAAUAUGCUCUUCUCCAAACAAGCUGCGCAUGAAACCAGUCCAAGCUCCCUCUGCUUAUCUGAAGACGACGGUGAGGGCAAGGAUACAACAAGUCGACCGCCGCCGGUUAGCAGUCAGCUCCUCUUGAAGCCAUCUUCAAAGGCUCAAGCCGCCCGUAAUGAUCACAACCAUCAUGCUGCCUCCAGAGCGCUGGACAGGGACGUCGUCCUGAGACGCAUCAGGGACCAUAGGAGCUUGAACCAUGUAAGGAGCGCCCUCCUAUCCCUGCGAUCAGGGGCUCGACACAGCACGAUGUGGGCCGACCCUGAAGAUGCCUUCUCCUCUCCUUGAAGUUGAUAGAGAAAUAUAGAGGAUUAGAAGGU